AUUAUCCUUAUUGUCAAUUUUUGCAGCGGAUACCGCCCUCAUCAUCGCACGAUGGAUGACUGCUUCGACCGCUUAAUGUUCAAGAACAGGCCCGGCAUACAGACGGCGAGCAGCAUUUUUUUCACGCUGAACAGCGUGCUGAUGAUGGUGUUCCUCUUCAGCGUCCUGACGGCCGAGGACGCCGCCGUUCAGCUCAAGCUCAACUCCAUCGACAGCACCCCUGCAGAGAUACAGUUCGCCGGUUCGCUGGUGGUGGCUUCAUUCUACAUCAGCAGCCUCAUGGAUUUAUACCUUGUCAUCGGCAUUGAAGAUAUGCCGCUAGUUGGACCAUUCGUCGCCACUGCCGGAUUAUUCGUUUUAGUGAAGGUAAAUGCACGCCAAAGUUUAUUCGCUUACCAGAAUAAUUUGUGGUUUUAUGAUGGCGCUAUAUGCUGCCGAUAGUCGCAAGUUGUUAUACCCUCCACCCGCCGUGGUUGCUCAGUGUCUAUGGUGUUGGGCUGCUGAGCACGAGGUCGCGGGAUCGAAUCCCGGCCACGGUGGCCGCAUUUAGAUGGGGGCGAAAUGCGAGAACACCCGUGUGCUUAGAUUUAGGUGCACGUUAAAGAACCCCAGGUGGUCCAAAUUUCCGGAGUCCUUCACUACGGCGUGCCUCAUAAUCAGAAAGUGGUUUUGACACGUAAAAUCCCAUAAUUUAAUUUUUUUUACACCCUCCGCGGC